AUGACAAUCAAUAAUAUUCGUCAACAACGUUCUAGUUCUUAUCAAAUAGAUAAUUUAGAUACGAAACAAACUCAUACACAAAAUACAAAUGAUUCAGUUAAUAAUUCGAUAAAUAAUUUUAAGAAUAAAAUUUUAACUGGUAUUCAUGAUGAAAAUUAUCAUUGGCUUUUUGAAAAUUCAAAGAGUGUACUUGAUGAUAUAUUCAGUUAUCCAUUAUUAAUUGAUUAUUUUAAUGUCUAUCUUUCAUUACCCAUUUUUGGACAACGUGUUCUUUGUCAUCGUUUAACACAUCAAUUUGAUUUUGAUCCUCCAAUAUUAACUUCUGAGCAAAUUUAUGAAGAAGCAAAAGAAUGGUUAAUUCAUUGUCGAUUAGAUAAUUAUAUUCAUACAGAUAUUUAUAUUGAGAGUCUUCUUAUUUUAUUACUUACAACAACAGAUGAUUCAAUAGAAUUAUCUUCGACCUUACAUACAUUUAUUCAAUCAAAAGAAACAACACUCAAAGAACAAUCACAUAUAUUUUCAACAGUAGCUGAUGUUCGACAAUUUCAUCAAUUUCUUCAAACUACAUCAGGAAUUAAAUAUUGGAAUUUCUUUAUUGAUUCAAUGCGUUUACUUCAAUCACGAUAUUCAUCUCGAUCUACUCGUAUUGAUAUUUCAUAUUUGAAUUUUAUCUAUAAAUACUAUUCUCAAUAUCAUGAAUUUCAUUCGAUUACUAAUAGUUUUGGUGAUACUCGAAUGCCUGAUUCGAGUACACCAGAUUCAAUAUGGUUUCAAAUGGCAAUCAAUGCAAUGCAUCAAUUACGUAUAUAUUGGUUACCACGAUAUCUUAGUCAAUUAUUUUCAUCAUCUCAAUUGAAGAAAAAACCUUCAACAAUUGAAACAAAUUCAAAACCGAUUGAGAAUAUUAUUAAAACAUCAUCAGAUAAUGUUAUUGUAACACCUAACAAUCACUUAUCAACGAUUGAUUCAAAAAGAAAAAAAGAACCUAAUUUAGUUAAAUAUACUCUAGAUAAUAUCUCUUAUCUUGAUUACUAUCCUCAACAAUAUAUACAAAUUCAAUCAUCUGAACAAGAUGAUUUUCAACAAAGCUUUGAAGAAUUAAGUGAACGAAAUGAUAAUAAUCAAAUAGAUACGAAUUCUAAAUUAAAAUUUGAAGUUCCACUAUAUUCAUCAUCAGAUCGUUCAAUUGAAGAUUAUGCUACAAAUGUUAAUCUUGAAUUAUUUUAUCGUAUACUUGUGUCAGAUUCAUUGGCUGGAUCACCAUUUCUUCAAUAUAUUUCUCAAAUAGUACCUAAAACUGAUGUAAUUUCAUUUCAAACUUGUAUUCAUUGUAUUACCGAUGCUGAAAUUGUAUUAUCUAUUCCGUCCGAAAAGUUUAAAGAGAAAAUUCUUAAACAAUUUAUUUCUCGAUAUAUUGAAGUAACAGCUACAGCAGUAUUACCUAAUCAAAUAUUAGAUAAUAUCGACGAACAAAGACAUGAAUUAAUUAAAGAAUUAAUAAAUAAUAAUAAUAAUAACAACAAUCAAUACCCUCUUCUUUGGAAAAUUUUAUUAAAAAUUACAAAAUUCUUAAUUCCUCACUUUCUUCAUUAUAUUAAAUUCGAUCGACUUCGUUGUCUCAUUAAAGGCAAAACUUUAAAUAUAAAUCUUAUCAUUAAUGAUCUUCAUCAUAUAUUACCUUCAGUCAAUUUUGAUAAAUUACUAACAGAUCAACAAAAUAUUAAAGAAACUAUUUUAAAACAAACAUAUUCCACUGAAAGAGAAAUUUUCUUAAAAAACUAUUUGACUACUUGUAAUGAACAACAAAAAGAUCUUAUAAAGCUUUUCAUUCAAAAUCAAUAUUAUACAACUGAAAAACAAAUCAAUACAGAUGAACAAUGUGAAUUUCGAAUUGGUGAACGAUUUCCGCCAUUAACUGAUCAUGAACUUGAACAAGAAUUACGUCGAUUUUGUACAAAAUUUGAGCAAAAAAAUAUCGAAACCAUUUUUGGAAAAUCAUUUGAUGCUCCAAUAAUACCUCAUCAAACAAAUAUUUCAACAUUCAUUGGUGAUCCAUUAUCACAUAAUACAACAAACCAAACAUUAUUAUCAAAUGAAUAUUUAGAAUUGAAUACAAUUGAUACAUUUACACUUGAAAUAAUUAAUUCAGCUCGAGAAAUAUAUGAAAUCGAUCGUUUUAUAUCGAAUAUAAUGAAUGAAAGUAUUAAUCUUAUUCAAAACUAUCCUUUAAUAAAAUCAAUAAAAAGUGAUUCAACUUCGUCAUCAUUAUCAUCAAUAUCUGAUGACAUACUUAUAACGAAUUCUUCAUCAAUAUUAACCUAUCCAGAAGUUAUUACAAAUAAUAUUAAUCAAAAUGCAUUUGUAUCUUUAAAUUCAUCUGAAACAAAUUUUAUAAUGUCAAAGAAAAUAAACGAAAAAAAAAUUCUUUCAUUAAUUGGUUCAUAUUUUAUUAAUUCAUCAAAUAUAACUAAUGAUAAUUUAAUUUCUCAAAUUGAAUACACAAUUAUAAAUAAUAAUCUAGAUCCUAUUAUAAAUAAUUAUUUAAAAGAAAAUCAUUUAAAAUCUCUUAAUGAAUUUUCUCUUCAUCAAAACUUCGAAUCAUUUUCACCCUCAUUUCAUAAUUCAAUUAAAAAAUUAAUUAUUACUCAUACAGGUAUUGGUCAAUUAUCUAUUGAUUUAACUAAAACAAAUAUUCUGUCUAAUAAACAUGAUAUUCUCACAAAUAAUAAUAAAAUUAAAUUAUAUACAAAUAAUCAUAUUGAAUUUCUUUUAGCAAAUAUCAAAUCAUAUAAUUUUGAUAAUGAUAAACAAGAAUUACAUUUAUAUCUUGAUAAUUUUAAAUUACCUGAUAUAACUAAAUUUUCAAUAAUAAAUAAUAAAAAUAUAAAUAAACAAGCAGAAUUUUUUCAUGAAACAAUUAAAUUUACACAUGAAGAUAAAUGUAAUGAAAUAAAAAAUUUUAUUAUUGAAAAGAAAAUUUCCUAUUUUCAAAAUAAUGAACAACAACAAUUAAUAGAAUUUAUUCAAAAUAAUAUUAAUAAUCAUCAAUGGCCAUUACAUGAAUAUAUUGGUAUACAAGGACAACGUUCAUGGCGUGCAUUAAAAUUAGCAAGUGAUAUUUCAAAUUUUGAUAAUGGAUUUAUGUUAAAUUAUCAUAAAGAUUUCGAUUGGAUUUCAAUUGAUAAUAAUUAUGGUUCAUUUGAUCAACGAACUUAUUUAAUUAUACGAAAUUUUCAACGACGUAUUGAAAAAAUAAAAACUAUUCAUACAUAA